AUGUCUUCAAUUUUAGAAUCUGCUAAAGGUAUUAUUAAAGAAGCAAGGGAGUUGGCUUAUUUAGGGAAAUAUCCGGAAGCCAUAAUGAAAUUCAAAUCAUAAAUUGAUACAUUAAGCCAAUAAUUAGAGAAAAAUAAAGGAGAUGAGUUGCUUUAUCAAGAAUGGAGCAAACUUGUGACUGAUAUAAAAGAAGAAUUGGAUCUAACUCAAAUUUUAUUUGAUUUUACGAAAGGCAAUUCCAAUAGUAAUUUUGAAUUAAAUAAGAUAGCAUAGUAAUAACCAUCGCCUUAAAAGCCUAGAGUAGUUUAAGAGUGCCCAGAAUUUCAAGAAGACAACAGACAGCCUCGAUUGCCAUUCAAUUAAAUUCCAUUUCAACAUCAUCAUAGAGAAAACACAUCCCCAAGAUCUAAAGCAAAUUAAUUUUAAAUAUCACCUCCAAAAUAGAAAGCAUAGGAUCCAGAUGAGAUUUUCUUUGGUGGAUUAAGAGGAGGCAAUGAUGGAAAGAAGCCUAAUAGUAAUAAUAAUAAUAAUAAUGGUAAUAACUUAAAUUAGAAUCCAAGCAAUUAUUUCAAUAACAAUAGUAAUAAUAAUAAUAAUAAUAACAAUAAUAACUAUAAUAAGCGACAAACAAAUAAUAAUCCUCCUCCUAAAGAUCCUGAUGUUUGGGAUCCCCCAUCAAAAAAGGUUGACAAACCAAAAUAAUCUCAAAAAGAUCAAAAAUCAAAUAAUAUAUUUAAACCAUAAGCGCAACCACAACCCCAACCAAAAAGUAAUCAAAGAAGAGAGUACGAUAAACCUUGGAAAAAUAAUGCUGUAGGAGAAAAGAAACCUACUGAGGGAUAAAGAAAAACAUUCCAUGACCAUGUUUAUCCAGAUGGAAGAGGCCCUGAUAGUGAUUUAAUUCAAAUGAUUGAAAGAGAAGUCCUAGAUCUAACUCCAAAUGUCUCAUUUGAAUAAAUAGCAGAGCUGGAGUUAGCUAAGGAUACUCUAUAAGAAGCUGUCUUACUUCCAAUAUUUAUGCCCCAAAUAUUCACAGGAAUUAGAAGACCAUGCAAGGGGGUAUUGUUGUUUGGUCCUCCAGGAACAGGAAAGACAAUGCUUGCCAAAGCUGUUGCAACAACUGGUAAAACAACAUUCUUCAAUGUUUCUGCCUGUACUUUAGCAAGUAAAUGGAAAGGAGAAUCUGAGAAAUUAGUUAGACUUUUGUUUGAAAUGGCUAAGUUUUAUGCCCCAAGUACGAUAUUCUUUGAUGAAAUUGAUGCAUUAGGCUCUAAAAGAGGAGAUAAUGAUGGUGAUUCAGCUAGAAAAGUCAAAACUUAAAUGCUGAUUGAAAUGGAUGGAGUGUCAGGUGCUGCAACUUCAGGAGAAGAAAGAAAAACAGUAAUGUGUUUAGCAGCUACAAAUCGUCCAUGGGAUCUCGACGAGGCUCUUAUUAGAAGACUUGAAAGAAGAAUAUAUAUUCCUUUGCCAAGUGAUACAGGUAGAAAACUGCUUUUUGAAAUAAACUUGAACUCCCUAAAAUUGUCACCAAACAUUAUUUGGGAUUAAUUAGUUAAAAAAUGCGAUGGUUAUUCAGGAGCAGAUAUAGCCAAUGUUUGUAGAGAAGCGUCGAUGUUGCCAAUGAGAAGAAAAUUAAAGGAAGAGGGAGGAUUCUAAAAAUUACAAUAAAAAUAUGAAGAUAUUUCAAAUGUUCCUUUGGAAUAGAAAGAUUUUGAUGAAGCAUUGAAGAUUGUUAAUAAAUCUGUUUCAACAGAAUACCUAAAGGAAUAUGAAAAUUGGAUGAAAGACUUUGGUGCUGGUUGA